AACGUGAUCAUCUUCGGUGAAUCCGGCGUCGGCAAGAGCUCACUAGUCAACAUGCUCUCCAGCGACGAUAACGCGCUCGCAGCAGUCUCAAACCAGGCGCUUGGAUGUACCUUCGAGACGGAGCCAUACCAAGUCACCAUCGACGAGCGCGAGUAUGUGCUCUGGGACACCGCAGGGCUCAAUGAGGGCUCUAAAGGCUCCGUGUCGGCGGACGAAGCGUGCGAGAAGCUCGUUGACCUCCUGAAGCAGCUGAAAGGCGGGGUGCACCUGCUCGUGUACGUCGUGCGCGGGACUCGGUUCCGAAGAAUCAUCAAGAUCAACUACGAUAUCUUCCAGCGUGUCGUCUUCCGCGGGCAGGUCCCGAUCGUCCUUGUUGCGACGGGGUUGGAGAACGAAGAGUCGAUGGAGAAGUGGUGGGACGAGAACAAGGACGACUUGGCUGAUAACGAGCUGUAUUUCAAGGACCAUGCGUGCGUUACGACAACAAAGGGGAAGAUAUCGAAGUCGGGCGAGCACAUCUUUGAGGAGGAGUACGAUUUGUCAAAGGCGUUGGCGAGGCUAUUGGUCAAG